GAGGACAGUCCUAGCCCGGAGGGCCCCUAACACAUUGUCGUCUUCUUAUCCUCGGCCCUCUGCGUUAGAGAGGGCUGCCCCGAAUCGGCUUUGAACGCUGACUCGCCCUUUUCCAGUCGGCCCUUGAGCCCACUAGUCCGGGCUACAGCGUUUUCCUAACCGAGGUUCAGAGGUGAGAUGGAAAAUGUACCCGUCUUUAUUCUGUUCUCUCCCCUGCAAUGACAGGGUGAAUGGCGGUGGGGUUGGGGGCACGUCUCUGGAGUCCCAGUCCGCUCGGGACCCGCGGACCGCCCGGAGGCGACAACGGCCCUGAAGUUGGGGGGAGCUUGUUUCCAGCCGGACUGUGUCCCUGGGCGCGCCAGAGCGCCGCGCCUGCGCGCUCAGCCCGUUGCCGCGCCGGCCCUGCGGACGUGCGCGCGCUGCCUUCGCGGCACCUGGGCCUGAGGUGCGUACCUCCCGGGCCCUCGCCAGCUCCAGAUGCGUGAGGAGGACUUCAGAAACCCGACUGAGAAGUGGAGCGACCCCCAGGGAGGGUCGGACCUGCCUCAAUACCGCCAAGGUCUUUCAUUUCUUGUUCGCUUACUUUCGUGAAAUCCUCACAUCGUUUUAAUGGUACUAGUCAAGACAAGAAAAUCAACAGGCUUUCAGCCUUGAGGCAACAUUGGAUAUUAUUGAGACAUCUGUGGAAUUUAAGAACAGUAUGGAGCUCAUCAGAGUAUAUCAUUGAAGAAUAUGAUGGCUGAAAACAAUUUAAAAAUGCUAAAGAUUCAACAGUGUGUGGUAGCCAACAAACUACCUAGAAACAGGCCAUAUGUUUGCAAUAUUUGCUUUAAGCACUUUGAAACACCAUCAAAAUUAGCUAGGCACUAUCUCAUUCAUACUGGUCAAAAGCCAUUUGAAUGUGAUGUGUGUCAUAAAACCUUUAGACAACUAGUUCAUCUGGAGAGGCAUCAACUAACUCAUAGUCUGCCUUUUAAAUGUAGUAUUUGUCAGCGUCACUUUAAAAAUCUGAAGACAUUUGUGAAGCACCAACAACUUCACAAUGAAACCUAUCAGAAUAAUGUUAAACAGGUCAGAAGAUUGCUGGAGGCCAAGCAAGAAAAGUCAAUGUAUGGAGUGUAUAAUACUUUUACCACAGAGGAAAGAUGGGCAUUACACCCGUGCUCUAAGUCUGAUCCCAUGUAUAGCAUGAAAAGAAGAAAGAAUAUUCAUGCAUGUACAAUCUGUGGCAAGAUGUUUCCAUCACAGUCAAAACUUGAUAGGCAUGUACUUAUUCAUACUGGUCAGAGGCCUUUUAAAUGUGUCUUGUGUACUAAAUCUUUUCGACAGUCAACUCAUUUAAAAAUCCACCAACUUACACAUUCAGAAGAAAGACCUUUUCAAUGUUGUUUUUGUCAAAAAGGAUUUAAGAUUCAAAGCAAACUUCUGAAGCAUAAACAAAUCCAUACUAGGAAUAAGGCUUUUCGGGCUCUUUUAUUAAAGAAGAGGCGUACAGAAUCUCGCCCCCUGCCUAAUAAGUUAAAUGCAAAUCAGGGUGGUUUUGAAAAUGGUGAGAUUGGUGAAUCUGAGGAGAAUAAUCCACUCGAUGUCCACUCAAUUUAUAUUGUCCCUUUUCAAUGUCCAAAGUGUGAAAAGUGUUUUGAAUCAGAGCAGAUUCUCAAUGAACACAGCUGUUUUGCUGCUAGAGGUGGCAAAAUUCCAAGCAGGUUCAAAAGAAGCUACAACUAUAAAACCAUUGUUAAAAAAAUCUUGGCCAAGCUUAAGCGUGCUAGGAGUAAAAAAUUAGAUAACUUUCAAUCUGAGAAAAAAGUAUUUAAAAAGAGUUUCUUGAGAAAUUGUGAUCUUAUUUCUGGUGAGCAGAGCUCUGAACAAACCCAGAGAACAUUUGUGGGUUCUCUUGGCAAACAUGGAACAUAUAAAACAAUUGGCAAUAGAAAGAAGAAAACAUUGACUUUGCCAUUUUCUUGGCAAAAUAUGGGAAAAAAUUUGAAAGGCAUCCUUACGACAGAAAACAUAUUAAGCAUUGAUAAUUCAGUGAAUAAGAAAGACUUGUCAAUCUGUGGUUCAUCAGGUGAGGAAUUCUUUAAUAACUGUGAGGUACUUCAGUGUGGUUUUUCAGUUCCAAGGGAAAACAUACGUACUAGACAUAAGAUAUGUCCUUGUGAUAAAUGUGAGAAGGUGUUUCCUUCUAUAUCCAAACUAAAAAGACACUAUUUAAUUCAUACUGGACAGAGGCCCUUUGGCUGUAAUAUUUGUGGGAAAUCUUUUAGACAGUCAGCUCACUUAAAAAGACAUGAACAGACUCAUAAUGAAAAGAGUCCUUAUGCAUCUCUUUGCCAAGUAGAAUUUGGAAACUUCAACAAUCUUUCUAAUCAUUCAGGUAAUAAUGUUAACUAUAAUGCUUCCCAACAAUGUCAGGCUCCUGGUGUUCAAAAAUACGAGGUCUCAGAGUCAGAUCAAAUGUCAGGAGUUAAGGCAGAGUCACAGGAUUUUAUUCCUGGUAGCACCGGGCAACCCUGUCUUCCUAAUGUACUUUUGGAAUCAGAGCAAAGCAAUCCUUUUUGCAGUUAUUCAGAGCAUCAGGAGAAAAAUGAUGUCUUCCUGUACCGAUGCAGUGUUUGUGCUAAAAGUUUCCGAUCUCCAUCUAAACUGGAAAGACACUACCUAAUUCAUGCAGGGCAGAAACCAUUUGAAUGCUCAGUUUGUGGCAAAACAUUCAGACAGGCUCCUCACUGGAAGAGACAUCAACUUACUCACUUUAAAGAACGACCACAAGGGAAAGUGGUUGCCUUAGAUUCGGUUAUGUAAAUUGUCACAACCACUAACAAUUGUGGUCUCUGGUGAUCUUAUUUUUAAAGCCUGUAUUAUUUAAAAUGCAUUUUUAUUGAAAGGCCUGCAUUAAACUGAAUGGUUUCACAGGCAUUUGCUUAUCCUGCAUAGUAAGGAGGUAGAAUACAUAGAAAAUUAAUACAAUGUUUUAGAAACAGCCAAGUUAAUUUUAGAGGCAAGAACAUGAUUUGAUGCUAUAAAGUAGGCAUUUUAAUAUUGUAAACAUAUGCUUUGGCUGUAUUGAAAAAUAUAAAUCCAUGAUGACUGUACCAAUAAUUUAGCCUCAUUCAUUUUUUAAAGGAAUUAUUCCUUAAGACAUGCCAUCUCUUUUUAGAUAUACUCAAAAGACUGAGAGGCAAAACUUGGCUUUUAGCUGCAGCACAUAGCCCUGUUAUAUUUGAUUUAUUUUACAUUUCAUAUGAAAGCAUAAUUUUGUCCACAUGUGACUCAAAUUGCAUUGGUAAUUUUUUUUUUUUUUUUUUUUGUAAAUUUAAAAAACUACAGAGACACUAAAGGUGAAAAUGGAUGAGACAAUUAUAGUAUUAUUUUCAUUGGUCUUUUUUUUUUGAGAUGGAGUCUCACUCUUUCGCCAGGCUAGAGUGCAGUGGCGCCAUCUAGGCUCACUGCAACCUCCGCAUCCCAGAUUCCAGCGAUUCUCCUGCCUCAGCCUCCUGAGUAGCUGGGAUUACAGGUUCCUGCCAUCACGCCUGGCUAAUUUUUGUAUUUUUAGUAGAGACGGGGGUUCACCAAGUUGGCCAGGAUGGUCUCGAUCUCUUGACCUUGUGAUUCACCCGCCUCGGCCUCCCAAAGUGCUGGGAUUACAGGCAUGAGCCACCGCACCCGACGGUCUUUUCAAAGCUAUUUAUUUUUAGGACUAUGUGGUAAUUUCACCUUCAGGUGAUAAGGAUUUUUUUUUUCUCCCAGCUAGUGCUAUCUUUCUCGAAAUAAUUUAAAAGUAGGCGAGAGGCUAGGAUGUACCUAUAUUUACCAUGUUUACUUACCAGGAAUAUUUUCUAAGUGCCAUAGUCUUUUUCAUAAUACGUAUGAGUUUUAUCUUUUCAGAGGAAUAAUUUCAAGUCAUUUAUUUGCUCAUUAAUGAUAGCAGUAGUCAUAGACUUAAGACUAUUCUAGAGAUCUUCAUCUCCAUAAGACUUACAUUUAUUUUAGUAAACUUUUCUUUCUAUGCCUCUUUAAUGGAGUGGUUCUGUUAUUUAAGCCUGUUCUAAGUUUGAUCAAAUGGCAAUGACUAGGUCUAGUUUUAGUUUUUAUUUUUGCAGGAGUCUAUUGCUAAAGAAUUUUAUUUUGAUCCUUGUUAAAUUUUUAUUUUAAUUAAUAAGGUAGUCAUUCCUGUAGAGGGAUAAGAUGCUUGUAGAGUUGUGGGUAUCAUUCCAAAUAGAACUGUUAUGAUUUGGGAAAUAUUCUUUACUACAAAGGACUUAUUUCAUAAUUACAAAUUUUCCUUCAUAUUUGCCUUUGUUUAUAAAAUCUUCAGGAAUGACAUUCUCUAGCAAUAAAAGGAAUGAACCGUUAUGUUUCUAAGCUGAAAAGAGGAACAGGUGGGUAAUUAUCCUACCAUACUUAAGUAUAGUGGAAAAUCCUCUAUUGAGAAUGUGGAUAAAUGAACAAUUGUAAGUUUUGCAUCAUAAACUGAGAACUUUCUUUUGACAGGGGGGAGGCGGGAGGGAUAGUAGGUGGGGGUGAUCUGCUUGCUUCUUUUACCACAGGUGAUUUUUAAGUAACUUGGGUUUAAUUUACAGAGAUGAAACAUGACAGUCUGAGUAAAAUACCCAAUGAUGUAGAAGUCUGCCUGUUUAUUAUGUAGAUACAGACAUCCAGCAAAAACAGGAGAAUCACAUGCUUUAAAGAACACUUUCUCUUAUGUUUCCUUGAGAUAUGUUCCUCCAGUGCAAGCAAGAUAAUGGUUUACAGAAUUUGCUUUACACAAAACUUGUCAAGAACUCAUCUGUUACACAAAAGCAAGGAAUAACUAGUUUAUAUUUUCCAAUAAUGUUCAAGGUUUUCUCCUUAAUAUGUUUGAAAUUAUUGAUUUUGGCAUUUUUCUAAGCAAUUUAUGUAAUUUUAUUUGAAGAAAAUGUUUUGUAUAAUGUUUUUCCCAGCCUAAACAGGGAGAGUCCUAACAGCGUUGUGCUUGUAUGAUUCUGAGACUUUAUUUGCGUAAGUGAUACUACUAUACUUUAUUUUUGACCCAUGCCUUUUUAAGCUGUUUCAUAUUGAAAGGUGGAAUAUUGUAAAAAUUUUGUCAAAGAUGUACUGUAGUGCUAUUUGAAGUACCUGUAACAAAACACAGUUGGCCCUCUGUAUCCAUGUACUCUGCAUCUGUGGAUUAAACCAAUUGCAGAUCAAAAAUAUUAGAAAAAAUAAUAUAAAAAUAAUACAAAUAAAAAUACAGUAUAACAGUUAUUUAAAUAGCAUUUACAUUGCAUUAGGUAUUAGUCUAGGGAUAAAGUAUACAGGAGGAUGUGCGUUGGUUAUAUACAAAUAUGUCAUUUUAUGUAAGGGACUUGAGUAUACUUGGAUUUUUGGUAUCUGUGGGUUGGGGGGAUGGUCCAGGAACCAAUACCCCAUGGAUACCAAGGGACAACUGUACUUAUUUACCUUUAUUGUCAUUGCAAGCUUCUUAUGGAAACUUUAUAGGAAUGAAAAUAUACAUGUUAAGAAGAUUAAACAUUAGAUAGUAGAUGGUUUGUUGCAUGCUAGAACUGUUAGUAUUGUUGAAUCAAUUACUUUGGUUUCAUGAAAAAAUAAACGAUAAAUAUCUUUAAAGAGAACUAGAAGAAUUUUUUGUUUGAGUGAUUCCAGGCUGUAGUAUGAUCAUUUACUGAAGUAGUUUGAUUGGCUGGCUAACUUAGAAUUAUUGUUUCUUGUUUUGUACUGCAAUAGGGGUUAUAAUUGUAAGAUAAAAAUGUGUGUGUGUUUAAGGGAAGUAGGUGGUGGUUAAAAUUCUUGGAAAAUUUUCAGAAUACUUUAAAAAUAAAGUUCCAAGUUACACA